AUGGAUAAUAGUAAAAAUAGUUAUUUUACUGAAGAUGAAAAUGAACCUAAAGUAUUAUCGUUAAAAAGAGUUAUAACAAUUUCAUCUGAUGAUGAAGAUAAAGAAAUAAAUGAAACUAAUAAACGUCAAUGUUCAUCUUCAUUACCAAAAUAUAAACCAUUACAAAUAAUGAAUAAACAACGAAUUAUAGGUAAUACUAGACAAACAUCAUUAUCAAUUAUAAGAACUAGUAGUAAUGAUAAUGGUAAUGAAGAAAGACAAUGGAAUCUAAAAAUGAUUGCUUCAUCAUCAAAUGAAAAUUCAUCAAAACAGCAAAAGAAAAAAAUCACACAAACGAAAUCUUUGACAUUAGCUAAGUCAAAAUCUUCAAGUACAUUAGUUCGAACAGUCUCUUCGCCAUCAAGUCUAAAAAAAGAAAUAACAAUUAAUCAAACACGAACAGUAUCUCUUGAUGGAGUUGAUAUUAAUGAAGACGAAGUUUUCUCUCAAUGGAAUGAUGAAUCGAACAGUUCUUUAUCAGUUAAUACAACUAUUAUAGAAACAUCAUCAACUAUUGUCGAUAGUAAAUCAAUAUGGAAACAAAUAUUUAGUAAAUCAAUCAAAUCGAAACCAAUUAAUGAUGAAUUAAAACAACAAUGGUCUGAAUUAGAUAAAGAUCAAUCAUCGAAUCAUCAUCGAUUUAAUGCACCAGCAAUUGCUAUUAAAAGAACAUGUCCAUUUUACAAAAAAAUACCUGGUACAACAUUUUGUAUUGAUGCAUUCAAUUUUGGUAAUAUCGAUGGAAUACAAGCUUAUUUUCUUUCACAUUUUCAUUCGGAUCAUUAUGGUGGAUUAAAUAGAAAGUUUUCUAAUAUGCUUUAUUCAAAUCAAAUUACUUGCAAUUUAUGUACAAGUCAGUUAGGUAUUCGAUCAGAAAAUAUGACUAUUCUUCCUAUGGAUGUAUUUACAAAUGUUCAUGGUAUUGAUGUAGCUCUUUUAGAUGCUAAUCAUUGUCCCGGUUCAAAUAUGUUUUUAUUUCGAUAUCCAAAUGGUAGAUUAAUUUUGCAUACAGGAGAUUUCCGAGCAGCACCAAAUCUUUUAAAACAUCCAUUACUUCAACCUAAUCAAAUAGAUACAAUUUAUCUUGAUACAACUUAUUGUGAUUCUCAUUAUCGUUUUCCAUCACAAGAUGAAGUCAUUAAAAGUGCUGUUGAAUUAGUAUUAGAUUCAUUAAGAGAAAAUUCAAGAACAUUGAUCACUAUUGGAACGUAUCUUAUUGGUAAAGAACGAAUAUUUCACGCUAUUGCAAAAGCACUUGAUUGCAAAAUAUUUGUUGAAACAAGAAAAUUUCGUAUACUUAAUCAGUUAGAAAACACUGAUCUAUCAAAACGUUUAACAACAAAUCCCGAUGAAACCAAUGUUCAUAUUGUUGGUAUGGGUUCAAUUACUCAACCAAUGUUACAAACACAUCUGGAUAAAUAUUCAUUAAAAUACAAUAAAAUAAUUGGAAUAAAACCAACAGGUUGGACAACUCCUCGAUCAACACAUGGAUCAAAACAUUAUUCAAUUGAAUCGAAAUCAUCAAAUAUUACUAUUUAUGGUUUGGCUUUUUUUCUAUUUUUAAAUAAUGCAUUAUUUUUAUUAUAA